CUCUCUCAUCUUCAACAUGGCCAACUACGACAACAUCCUAGACCGUCUUUCUAGAGAACCAGAGUGGUCACCAGAAUUCGAAUCGGCAAUCCUGGAACCAUUCACGUUUACAACCUCGAAUCCUGGCAAGGAGAUACGCGGAAAACUUAUAGAUGCCUUCAAUUUGUGGCUCAACGUCCCCGAUGAUAAACUCCAAGUGAUAGCGAAGAUUGUCAACAUGCUGCAUGCUGCUAGUCUCAUGGUGGAUGAUAUUGAAGACGACUCGCAGUUACGGAGGGGGAACCCAGUCGCCCAUAAGAUUUAUGGGAUUCCACAAACUAUCAACUCUGCGAAUUACGUCUACUUCCUGGCGUUCCAGGAGCUGUUUGCGCUGAGGAAUGGACCGACACCGCCGAGGCAGGAUAUCGACCAGAUGGUGACGCAGGAGCUACUGUCAUUACACCGAGGACAGGGUCUAGAGAUUCUAUGGCGCGACUCAUUACAGUGCCCGACGGAGGAGCAAUACAUCGACAUGGUCAGCAAUAAAACCGGGGGCCUAUUACGAUUGGGGAUUAAACUCAUGAUGGCUUGCUCCACCACCAAUUCGGACGUUGACUAUACACCGCUCGUCAGCCUGUUCGGCGUGUACUUCCAGAUCCGAGACGACCUCAUGAACCUUCAAAGCCCAGAAUACACAUCAAACAAGGGCUUCGCGGAGGACCUGACGGAAGGCAAAUUCUCGUUCCCAGUGGUACACGGUAUCCAUGCCGAUCGGUCAAACCGACAAGUUCUUAACGUCCUCCAAAAACGGCCCCCGACGCCAACGCUCAAGAUCCACACCAUCAACUACCUCCGCGAUCGCACCAAGUCUUUCGACUAUACGUUAUCCGUGCUUAAGAAGCUGGAAGCUCAGUUGAGGCAGGAGAUCGCCAAGCUGGGAGGGAACGAGAAGUUUGAGCGCAUUAUCGAUUUGCUGCAUGUGGAUGAGGAAUCGCUGGCCAAGGCAGCUAAGUGA